UUUUUCCGGGUGGAUGUAGAGUUUAGUUUAGACUUCAAAAGUUGGUCUUACAUUUUCUUCAAAGAUAUAUAAAUAUGUGUAUGUUAACGUGAUGGUCAUUGAUCGUUGUUUUCGACUGUUAGAAAAUCUAGGACAUGCUUGACUUAGAUUAUUUUAUGUGCAGAAUUGCAAAUGCUUGUCACUGAUUUGUAUCUCUGGCGUUCACGAAUUCUCAAAAUCCUAACUUGGACAAAACUCAACACAUCACAUACAUGUACAUCACUGGCGUUCUUCGAUCAUACAGCUUCGUUUCUCGCCGUUUCUCCUGUGCCUCUCUCCGCUUCUCAACCUUCUCUUGCAAAACCACUCUAAACGAACAGUCAUGCAUGCAAUAUAUACAGAGGUGCAGAACCUUGAACGAGCUCAAACAAAUACAGACCCAGAUUUUCAUGGCCGGAUUACACCAAAGCAGAGGUCCUCUCAACAAGCUCAUGGCCUUCUGUACGGACCCAUCUCUUGGGAACAUGGGGUACGCUGAAAAGAUAUUUGAUUUCAUUCAAGAACCAUCUUUGUUCAUUUUCAAUGUUAUGCUUAAAGCUCUAGCUAAACAGGGUAGCUUCAAAAGAGUGAUUUGGCUUUUUUAUCGUUUGAGAGUGGUUGGCUUGUGGCCUGAUAAUUUCACCUACCCAUUUGUUCUUAAAGCGAUUGGGUGCCUGGGAGAGGUUCAAGAAGGAAGAAAGAUUCAUGGGUUUGUAAUAAAAACUGGGCUUGAGUUCGAUACCUAUGUAUGUAACUCGCUCAUUGACAUGUAUGCUCAAUUGGGUGAGCUUCUAUUUUUCACAAAACUGUUCGAGGAAAUGCCUGAGAGAGAUUCCGUUUCUUGGAACGUCAUGAUUUCUGCUUAUGUGAAGUGUCGGAGGUUUGUGGAUGCUAUUGGUCUUUUCAGAUGUAUGCGAGUAGAGAGCAAAGAAAAGCCGACAGAAGCUACUAUUGUGAGCACCCUGUCCGCUUGUACGGCAUUGAAAGAUUCAGAACUUGGUAAGGACAUUCAUGAUUAUGUUAGAAACAACCUUGAUUUCACUGUCAGAAUCAACAAUGCAUUAUUAGAUAUGUAUGCCAAGUGUGGUUUUUUAAUCGUUGCUCGGAAUUUUUUUGAUGAGAUGCCAACAAGAAAUGUCAUCUGUUGGACUAGUAUGGUGUCUGGUUAUGUAAAUUACGGCAAGCUGGAUGAAGCUAGAGAGUUGUUCGAAAGUAGUCCAUUUAGAGAUGUGGUGCUUUGGACGGCUAUGAUCAAUGGAUAUGUACAACAUAAUCGCUUUGAUGAGGCAAUGGUUCUAUUCCAGGAGAUGCAAAGCAAAAGAGUGAAAGCGGAUAAAUUUACAAUGGUUUCUCUCCUCACAGGUUGUGCUCAGUUGGGAGCAUUAGAGCAAGGGAAAUGGAUUCACAGCUACAUAAAUGAACAUGGAAUAAAAAUUGAUGCCGUUGUUGGUACUGCUCUUAUAGAAAUGUAUGCAAAAUGCGGGUGCAUAGAUGAAUCUCUAGAAAUUUUCAAAGGAACAGGGGACAAAGAUACAGCUUCUUGGACUUCUAUUAUUUGUGGACUCGCCAUGAAUGGGCAAGCAAACAAAGCACUAGAGUUGUUCUCAGAAAUGAAAAGAGUUGGCAUUAACCCUGACUAUAUCACCUUUAUUGGUGUUUUAAGUGCUUGUAGUCAUGCAGGUUUGGUUGAAGAUGGCCGCCGGUACUUUCACUCUAUGACAAAUAUGUAUAAGAUUGAGCCAAAGUUAGAACACUACGGAUGUCUGAUUGACCUUUUCGGUCGAGCUGGACUGCUACAUGAAGCAGAGGAGUUAAUAGAAAAGAUCCCAAAUGAUAAUUUUGAGACAAUUGUUCCACUUUAUGGUGCAUUGCUUAGCGCUUGUAGAAUCCAUGGCAAUAUUGAAAUGGGCGAACGAGUGGCAAGUAGGCUAGCAGAUAUUGAAUCGAGUGAUUCUAGUGUUCACAUGCUUCUUGCUAACAUUUAUGCCUCUGCUGAUAGAUGGGAAGACAUGACAAAUGUUAGAAGGAACAUGAAUAAUCUUGGAGUCAGAAAGGUGCCAGGAUGUAGUUUAAUAGAGAUUAAUGGGUUCGUCUGUUGAUUCAAUGUUGGAGAUAUUUCUCAUCCAGCUUUGCUUUAUGGAGGAUGAGGAAACCCUUGUUGAGAUUAAUAGAGAAAUCUGCACCAAGAAGUUCAGGAAUUGUACCAGCUUAUAAAUUUCAAAUUAUUCAUCCACUGAAAAAGCAGAAUUCAAAUUUGAGAUAAUUCUGCAAGGUAAACUCUAUAAUGAUCACAUACGUUGGUGACAACAGCAAAGAUUCAAUAGCACUUUCUUUUUGAGGAAAGUUGAAGUUGAAGAAUAAAGCAAUCCAACAAUGAGAAUAAAGGAUUUUGUUUUGCAAUUACCUCUUUUUCUGAUAGAUUCUGUUCUUGUGCUUAGUUGGAAAUAAGGAGCGUGAUAUCCAAUAAUUGAAUGACUUGUAUGAGAUAGAUGACAUUACAACAUUCAAGUAGAAAAUCUCGAAAGAAAGAAACAUGGUCUUAAACUGCAGGUAGCCAAACAAGGUAUGAAAUAUUUAUAGCGUUUCCUGGAAAAACUGUACCAACAAUGCUGGCCAAUGGCCAUUAGUUCUCUGGUUCAAAGAGUGGGCUGCUUUUUCCAACUUGUAUUUAAUUCUUUUGUAUAUUGUUUCUUCUUAAAUUUCCUUGGUGUUGAUUCCAACUACUUUAGCACCA